AUGGGGCAAAUACCCACACGCAGGGAAGUGGUGACGACAGAUGCGUUAGCUUCUGGCUGGGGGGCCGUAUGGAAGCACAGAUGGGUUCAGGGCAUUUGGUCAGCAAGCCAAGCUCGAGAACACAUACAUUUUCAAGAACUGUGUGCAGUGAAACUUGCCUUGGAAUUCUUUCUUCCAAGUUUGCAGGGCAGGCAUGUGUUGGUACGCACGGACAACCUAAGCACGGUUUACCACAUAAACCAUUAUGGUGGCACCAGGUCCCGAACACUCUUGAACCUGGCAAAAGAGCUGUGGACGUGGGCGCACCCGAAGUUCCUCUCUCUGCAGGCUGUUCACCUGGCAGGGACGGCCAAUGGGACAGCGGACGCUCUCUCGAGGCAGUCUCUGAGCCCCAGUCAUUGGAGACUUCACCUGGAGGUAGUUCAUCUAAUAUGGGAGAAGUUCGGCCAGGCACGGGUGGAUCUGUUCGCUUCAUCGGACACAAUUCAUUGUCCACUAUGGUUCUCGGAACACCAGUGGGACAGCCCACUCAGCCAGGAUGCUUUAGCCCACGACUGGCCGAAAGAUUUGCUGUUUGCAUUCCCUCCGCUCCCUCUCCUGCCGGCACUGCUGGGCAGGGUUCAGGAGGAGGGCGACAAGGUCCUUCUGGUAGCCCCACGAUGGCCGAGACAGCCGUGGUUUUCCUGGCUACUGUCUUUACUUCAGGGUGCUCCAUGGAAGCUCCCCCUAAGAAAGGACCUCCUCUCACAGCUGAAGGGUCAAGUGUGGCAUCCACGACCAGAAUUUCUCCUGCUUUGGCUGUGGCCCUUAGGGCCGACAAUGAACUUUCCUUGUGUCCUCCUGGGGUGCAAAACACUAUCCUAA